GUUCCGGCAUUGCCAUUGAUUGCUUCCAGCAGCAGCAGCAACAUGGCGCCCAAGAAGUCGAAGGGCGACGAGAAGGACGAGAAGCACAAGCACCCGCUCCAGGCGGUCAUCUUCGCCGACUCGUGGACCAAGACCUUCCGGCCCAUCUCGCUCGAGACGCCCAAGGUGCUCCUGCCGCUGGCCAACGUGCCCAUGCUCGAGUACACGCUCGAGUUCCUCGCCUCGAACGGCGUCGAAGAGGUCCUCAUCUUCUGCACGGCCCACGCCGCUGCCAUCGAGGCCUUCCUGUCGACCUCGGUGAUUGCGCAGACGGUCAAGACGCAGUGCAUCCUCGCGCCGACGUGCUUGACGGCCGGCGACGCGAUCCGCGAGCUCGACCGGAUGCAGGCCGUGCGCUCGGACCCGUUCAUCUUGAUCUCGGGCGACGUGGUCUCCAACAUGAACCUCAAGAGCGCGAUCGAGUCGCACGAAGCGCGCAAGAAGAAGGACUCGACGUCCAUCAUGACGGUCGUCCUGAAGGAAGUCCAGGUGCACCACGACAUUCGCCCGCUCACGGACGACCUCCUCAUCGCGAUGGACACGGCGACCAACCAGAUCGUCUUGUACGAGUCGUCUUCGCAUGCGCCGUCCGCGCUCCUCCCGACCGUCAUGUUCCAGGACCACAAGCAGAUUGGCUUCCGCUACGACCUCAUGGACGCCCACGUCGACAUUUGCUCGCCCGAGGUGCUCUUGCAGUUUAGCGACAACUUUGACUACCAGGACAUGCGCAAGGACUUCAUCCGCAACGAAGUGCUCAACUACGAGAUGGGCAACCGCAUCCACGCGCACAUCAUCUCCAAGGAGUUUGCCGCGCGCGUCCAUGAUCCCCGGACGUACGCUGCCAUCUCGCACGCCAUCCUCCAGCGCUGGGCCUACCCCAUGGUGCCCGACAACAACUUUCUCGGGUCGGCGUCGACGUACCGCCACCAGCGCGGCGACAUUUACAAGGAAGACGACGUCCAGCUCGCGCGGACGUGCGCGAUUCGGUCGACGUCGAUCGUCGGCGGCCGCACGACGGUCGGCGCCAACACGGACAUUGUGCAGAGUGCCAUCGGCCGCGACUGCAAGAUUGGCCAGAACGUUCGCAUCUCUGGCAGCUUUCUCUGGGACAACGUGACGAUCGAAGACGACGUGGUGCUGGAGGGCGCCAUCGUCUGCAACGGCGCGGUCAUCCGCAAGGGCGCCCGCGUCCACGAAGGCUCGUUGAUCUCGUUCAACGUGGUCGUGGGCGCCAACUUUACGGUGCCGUCGUUCACCAAGCUCACGACGGUACCGGCAACGGACGACGACGAUGGCUUCUCGAGUGACAAUGAUGACAGUGACAAUGACGUGACGCCCGCCGAGACGGUCGGUGACGACGCGUGGAACCCCAAGCACGUGGGUGUCAACGGUGUUGGCCGCAUCUGGACGCUCGAUGACGACGAGAUCUACCUCGACGACUCGGACGACGACGACGAGGAACAUGACGAUGACACGGCGAACGACGCCGCGCGCCUCCACCGUCUCAAGCAGACGCUGAUUGGUGCCAAGGAGGUCGUGACGGCGCGCACGUCACGUCUUGCGUCCUGGGACGCGCUCAGCGAGUCGGACGACGAAGAACCAUUGAAUGCGUUUGAAGAGGAAGACCCGAUGGCCCGCUUCGUGCGCGUCGUCAUCGACAUGGUGCUCUCGGGCGACGCCAACGGCGACGACGUCGAGAACCUCUUUCUCGAGAUCAAGAGUUUCAAGUUUGCGCAGAACCGCAGCUUUGCCGACUGCUUGGAGGCGAUUCUGCCGGCGCUCUGCAGCGCGAUUCCGCGCGCCAACAAGGCGCCGAUGGCCAUCAUGGGCCUCCUCAAGGUGAAGCUCGAAAAGUGGAGCGGAGUCGUUUCCAAGUGCAUCAUGAACGACGUCGAACGCACCAAGAUUGUCGACACGUUUGCAGCCUACUGCGUCCACGCGAACAACAGCGGCAGCUUUAGCAGCCUCUUCCGCUUCAUGCUUCAGGUCGCGUACGACCUCGACUGGAUCAAUGAGGAAACUGUGUUUGCGUGGGAAGACAAGGUGCUCGCCGAAGCCCCGAGUCAUCCCGAGCAAGCGCUGCUCAAGGCCGCCGCGAUGCAAGAGUUCCUCGAGUGGUUACGAGAAGACGAAGACGACAGCGACGACGACGACGACGACGACAGCGACGACGAGUAAACGGUGUAUAAUGCUCGGACCCUUCGCAUCGGUUUGUGUCUCA